CGAAAUAAUUGUAACUUGGUACCAUUGCAGUUAGUUAUGUUUGGAAAUUAAAUGUUUUAAAAAUGAUUUUCAUUCGAUAGCAGUAUCACAGUGCUAAUUAUUAAAAGUGUAAUCAAUAUUUUAUUACAGUCACCGCACCGGCACGGCGCGCGCAUGGCGCCGGGCGGGCGCGCGCGGGCGCGGUGACCGGCAUGGCGGACGGCGACGCGGGCGCCGGCCAGCACGACGCCGCGCUGCUGGCGCCGCUCACCGAGGACACCUUCCUGCACAACCUGCACGUGCGCUACAAGCGCGACCUCAUCUACACGUACGUGGGCAACGCGCUGGUGUCGGUGAACCCGUGCCGGCCGCUGCCGCUGUACUCGGCCGAGCUGGUGCGCGCGUACCUGGCGCGCCCGCCGCACCAGCUGCCGCCGCACCUUUACGCGAUCACCGCCGCCGCAUACAGAUGGGUGCGCGACCGAAAUGAAAGCCAAUGCAUCGUCAUCACAGGCGAGAGCGGCGCGGGCAAGACGGAGGCGGCGCGCGUGUGCCUGCAGUGCGCGGUGGUGGCGGGCGGCGAGCCCGAGGCCGGCGCGGGCGGCGCGCUCACGGCCGCCGGCACGCUGCUCGAGGCCUUCGGCAACGCCGCCACCGCGCGCAACCACAACGCCUCCCGCUUCGGAAAAUUAUUAGAAAUAGAAUUUGAUUUCAAAGGGCAACCCGUCGGAGGACACAUAACACACUGUGAGAGCGGCUGUGCGGCGCGGCCGAGGGCGAGCGCAGCUUCCACGUGCUGUACCAGCUGCUGGCCGGCGCCGACCCGCACCUGCUCAGCGGCCAUGGCGGCGCUGGGUUUCGGCGGCGGCUGGUGCGGCGCCGUGGUGCGCGUGCUGGCCUUCGUGCUCAAGCUGGGCAACGUGCAGUUCGAGCCGCAGCACAACAUCGACGGCACCAUCGGCGUGCGCCCCAACCACGACUACGAGCUGCGCGAGGCGUGCGCGCUGGUGGGCGUGGACGAGGCCGAGCUGCUGGCGGCGCUGGGCGCGGCGCCCGCCGCCGACGACGAGCGCGCCGACGACAGCUCGACGGAGGGCUCGUGCGCCGGCUACGCCUGGGAGAGCGCCGAGUGGGCCGGCGCGCUGCGCGACCGCCUGCUGGCCGCCACCUACGCGCGCCUGUUCACGUGGCUCAUCAACGCCGUCAACGACGCCAUCAAGCCGGCCGAGGCGGGCAAGCGCUGCUCGCUGGGCAUCCUGGACGUGUACGGCUUCGAGUCGCUGGCGCACAACUCGCUGGAGCGCCUGCUCAUCAACUACGCCGCCGAGCGCGUGCAGGCGGCGGUGACGGGCGCCACGCUGCGGCGCGAGCAGGAGGAGUACGCGCGCGAGGGGCUGGCCUGGGCGCCGCUGCCCUUCGCCGACCACGAGCUGCACGCCGACCUGCUCGACGUCGGCCCGGACAGCGUGCUGGGCGCGCUGCGCGAGGCCGCGCUGCGCGGCGGCGGCGACGCCGGCUUCCUGGCGCGCCUGGCCGCCGCGCGCGCCGCCUCGCCCGCGCCCGCGCCCGCGCCCGCCCCCGCCCGCGACGACCCCGUGCGCGCCGCGCGGGCGCUGCUGCGCGCGCUGCCCAUCCCCAGCGCCGAGUUCGCCUACGGCCGCACCAAGGUGUUCAUCAGGAGCCCGCGCACGGUGUGGGAGCUGGAGGCGCUGCGCGGCGCGCGCGUGGGCGCGCUGGUGGCGGGCGUGCAGCGCGCGUGGCGCCGGCGCCGGGCCCGGCUGGCGCGCCGGCGCCGCCACCGCGCGCAGGCCGUCAUCGCGCGCGCCUGGCGGGCGUACAAGGUGAUCGCGGCGGAGCCGGCCCGUCCGUCUCGGUUCGGUUCUUCCUCCGAGUCGGUCGACUCGUUUUAUACGGACUACCCCUCACGGCCCGGUCGUGCUUGGCUGACGGCGGGUGUGGCGCAGGCGCGGCGGCGCGUGGCGGCGCUGGGCGGCGCGGGCGCGGCGGCGGCGCUGGCGUGGGCGGCGCGCGUGGCGUGGCGCGCGUGGUGCGCGUGGGCGCGGCGCCGCUACCUGCGCGCGCUGUGGCGGCGCCUGCCCGCGCGCCACCUGUCGCCCGCGUGCGCCGCGUGGCCGCCGUGCCCGCAGCCGCGCCUGCUGGGCCGCGCCGACCAGCUGCUGCGGCGCCUGCACCACCGCUGGCGCUGCCGCCUGUACCGCGCCGCCUUCGACCAGACGGCGCGCAACCGCAUGCGCGAGAAGGUGACGGCGAGCGUGCUGUUCAAGGAGCGCAAGCUGAACUACGCGCGCAGCGUGGCGCACCCCUUCGUGGGCGACUACGUGCGCCUGCGCGCGUCGGCGGCGUGGCGGCGCGGCGCCGGCGCGGCCACCGGCGACAAGUACGUCGUGUUCGCCGACCUCGUGGGCAAGGUGGCGCGCUCGAGCGGGCGCGUGUCGCGCUGCCUGGGCGUGGUGUCGACGGGCGCGCUGCUGCUGCUGGAGCCGCGCUCGCUGCGCGUCAAGCGCCGCGUGCCCGCGCACGCCGUCUACCGCCUGUCGCUGUCGCCCUACGCCGACGACCUGCUCGUCGUGCACGUGCGCGCGUGCGGCGGCGCCGAGAGCUCGCUGGAGGAGCUGUCGCAGUGCUCGUCGCGCGACGCGCCCGACGCGCCCGGCUGCCUGUUCGGGGGCGAGGGCGCGUGGCGGCGGCGCGGCGACGUGGUGCUGCGCACGUGCCACGUGCUGGAGCUGGCCACCAAGCUGUUCCUGGUGGUGCAGAACGCCGUGGGCGCGCCGCCGCACGUCAACAUCGCCACCGAGUUCGAGGCCAACUUCGGGCAGCAGACGGUGACGGUGUCGUUCCACGCGCUGGGCGGCGGCGAGCCCGGCGCGCGCCUGCUGCGGCGCGGCAGCCGCAUGGACGUGCUGCUGUGAGCGCCGCGCCCGCGGCCCGAGCCGACGUGCAACUCCGAAGCGGCGGGCUCGAAGGUGGACGUUUCUUAAAAAACAAAACGCCGAUGAUGCGGUUCCCGGUGAUUCCGUUUGGGACCAAGAGCGCGAUCGAAAUCACAAAAUUCCAGCGUCGAUGAGUGUCGUGCGGAUGCAAUUUUAGGAUGUGCCGGCUUCAAUGACGUCAGUGAGCGACCUUGUGUUCGGUUCUAUGCGACCGUUGAACGUCCUCAGCUUUAAAUAUUUAAGUAAGUUACGCCCGGUGCGAGCCCCUGAACUUUUCUUAGGGGUGUUUCGCGGGAGCGUUUUUUUAUUAGAGUAAUUGAUGCGAAAUUUAUGUAUGUCGACGAUUGUAUAGAACGGGUCUGACGCGCAGGGUUCCGGGAUGCUCACUUGCGAGUCUCAUGACACGAUUGAAGCCAUCCCUCGAAUGCUUUGAUCAACGAUACCAACUAGAUAUCGGGUCAGUGCAAAAGUUACGUCUCGGGAAAUAAGAGCGCACUUAAGAAGUGACUUCUUUUAUUAUAAUUUGUAAUUAAUCACAUUUUUCGUCUGGCAUCAAUUUAAUUUAAUAUUCUUAAAUCUUUAGAAUUCCCAUGUAUACUCCGCUAACUGUGAGUUGGCGUUAAUUAAAUAAGAACUUAUUUCUUAAGUGUGCUGUUAUUUCCCGAGAUGUAAUUUAUGCGCUGACCCGAUAUCCAGUUGGUGUUGUUGAUCGAAACUCUAAAAGAAUUAAUAAAUUGCAUUAUUCAAAGUCGGUUGAUAUGUCAGAUAAGUAACUGCGUGAAAUAGGACGGUCUUCACGGUCGUAUCCGCUUUAAUAAUUAUACUCGUACAAGGGAUUUGGCUAACGAAAAAAUAAUCUAUUCCUGUCUUACCGAUAUUACUUAGUGAAUUCUCACUUAAAUCCUUACAGAUCAGUUUCAGUAGUUUGUUUUGAUGUAUUAGAGUAAAAAUAUGUAAAGUGAUGGAACCACAAAGCUUACUAUAUCAGAUGACGAAACCAGUAAUUUCGCUGUUUCUGUGGUCAGUGUAUGGGUCAGGCCUCGCCACAGUCGCCCAGCGGCAGCCGGGGCCGUCCGCGCGGCCGGGACGCGUCACCGACGGCACAAAUGCGUUAACACGAGUCGCUCCGGGGAGCGCUCGCGUGCCAAACGACUAGUUCUACCGUUGAAGCCAAAAUAUAGUAGUUAACAUAAUGUGUACGAUAUCGAUAGUGCGAUAAGUAGAGCGGUGAUAUGUCGAGUGCGGAGCGAGUCUGUUAGUCGCCGCGCCGCUGCGGGCAGACGCACGCAGUAGUGUUACAGAUAUCUAUUACUGUUACGGUCGCUGUUUGUUAUGGGAGCGCCGCGCCGACCCCUCGCUUUCACAUUUUAUUGUACGUUUCUGUGAAUACUGUUUUGUGAUUGAGUGCAUUACUUUUUAUUUGGGAUAUUGUUAUUGAUGUGAUAGUUCUUAGUUUAUUGAACCUCUUGCCCGGGAAGCCGAGUGCGGUCGGCGCGAAGGUGCAAACGACUUGUGUUGUACAAACAUUGUAAAAACACGUUACGUUUUCACUGAUAAAUAAUUAUCAUUGAGGAAAAUGUUUUAUCGUUUUUAAUAAAAAAAAUGUUUUGAAGAACUUGUUUUCUUCGUUUG